AAUGUGUUAAAAUACACCAAAAAAACGUUUCUAGUCUUUCUAAUUUCUAUAAUACAUUCGACUAUCACAAAGACUUUUUACGAAUCAAAAGCAGCCUUUACUCUCUCUCUAGAAAUGAUUGGAUUCGCCAUGGAAAGCUCCGCUCAAGGACUGCUCGAUGCCUCCGAAAUUCACGGUUUUCGAACUCUCCAAGAGUUGGAUAUUAGCAACAUAAUGGAGGAGGCCAAGGGAAGAUGGCUCCGACCAAAUGAGGUUCAUGCAAUACUGUGUAACCAUAAAUAUUUUAAUGUUUUUGUCAAGCCGGUGAACUUCCCAUCAGGUGGCACUAUUGUUUUGUUUGACCGUAGAAAACUCAGAAAUUUCCGGAAAGAUGGCCAUAGUUGGAAGAAGAAAAAAGACGGGAAGACUGUAAAAGAAGCACAUGAACACUUAAAGGUUGGUAAUGAAGAGCGAAUUCAUGUAUACUAUGCACAUGGCCAAGAUAACACGACUUUUGUUCGCAGAUGUUACUGGCUACUUGAUAAGAAGUUGGAGAACAUUGUCCUUGUACACUAUCGUGAAACUCAAGAGUCACAGGGUUCUCCAAUUGCAUCUAUCAAUUCCAACUCUUGCUCAGCCCUUUCUGAGCAACCUGCCUGGCUUCUACCCGAAGAAUCCGAUUCCGGUGUUGUGAGGGCAUACAGUGCAAGCACCCAAGCCCCUAUAGGCAACAGUACAGAGGCUCCUAACAAGUUCAUUCAGCAUCAUGAAAUAAGACUUCAUGAAAUUAAUACACUUGAAUGGGAUGAGCUUGUUGUACCGGAUGAUCCGAAUAAAUUGACUAUUUCUGAUGAAGGAAACAUUCUAUGCUUUGAACAGCGGAGUAGUGAAUUUGAAACGAAUGGCCAUAAAAGUUAUAUCAAUGAUUCAAACAACAGUCUCUUUGAGUCAAAUGGUCGAGUGGACCUUCCACUUAUCAAUGGCUCCAAAGCAGUGAAUACAGGCACUGAUGACUCUUUGCGAAUUAUAAACAAAGAUGGUCUGCAAACUCAGGACAGCAUUGGAAGAUGGAUGACCUAUAUCAUGGCCGAUUCUACCAAUCCUGAAGUAGCAGAUGACCCAAAUUUGGAAUCUUUUAUUUCAACUGGUCAAGAUUUGUCUACAUUUAUGAAUCAGACUAAACCAUCUAUGUUAACAGAUCACCAAAAUUUGACAUGUCCGGAGCAAAUGUUCACCAUAACCGAUAUCUCACCUGCAUCUGCUUUAUCGGCGGAAGAAACAAAGAUCCUAGUUGUUGGUUAUUUCCAUCAAGAUCCGUCUCCUCUUGCAAAAUCUAAUCUACUUUGUGUUUGUGGGGAUGAAUGCAUUUCUGCUGACCUUGUUCAAGCUGGAGUCUAUCGUUCUUUUGUUUCACCUCAUAAACCUGGUUUAGUUGAUCUUUAUUUGAGCUUUGAUGGGCAGAAUCCCAUCAGCCAAGUUGUGACCUUCGAGUAUCACUGUGUCACUGAAAAGUUGAUGAAUUUGUCUGAAAACAAAUUGAAGGAAGAAUUUCAAUAUCAGAUGAGGCUUUCUCAUUUGCUCUUCUCUGCAUCAAACAGGCUUACUAUAUUGUCUAGCAAACCAGGUCGAAAUGCCCUGAAAGAGGCCAAAAUAUUUAUUCAUAAAACUUGUCAAAUUUCUGAUAAUUGGACGUCCUUGGUGAAAUCUAUUAACAGCAGCAACUUUUCAUAUCUAAGGGCUAAAGAUAGCUUGUUUGAGAUUACUUUGCAGAACAGACUUCAUGAGUGGCUGUUAGAUAGGAUAGUUGAAGGGUCUGAGAUCUCUGUUCGAGAUGAUCAAGGCUUAGGAGUAAUUCAUUACUGUGCAAUUUUAGGAUAUACAUGGGCGGUUUAUCCAUUUUCGUUGUCUGGCUUAUCAUUGGAUUAUCGGGAUAAAUAUGGAUGGACAGCUCUUCACUGGGCUUCAUCUUAUGGAAGGAAGGACAUGGUUGCAGCUCUUCUAUCUGCAGGUGCAAAGCCAAAUUUGGUGACUGACCCCACUUCAGAAAACCCUGGUGGAUGCACUGGAGCUGAUCUUGCAUCGAAGAAUGGUUAUGACGGUUUGGCUGCUUAUCUUGCCGAAAAGGGAUUAGUGGAACAUUUUAAGGAUAUGAGCAUAGCUGGGAAUGUCAGUGGCUCACUACAGAUCACCACAUCUAAUUUUGAUAUCUCUGGGACAUUUACUGAGGAAGAGACAUGCUUGAAAGAUACGUUGGCAGCUUACCGCACUGCUGCUGAUGCAGCAGCACGCAUACAGGCUGCAUUUAGGGAGCAGUCACUUAAAUUGCAGAGAGAUGCUAUUCAGUUGUCCAAUCCAGAGGAUGAAGCACGCAAUAUAAUUGCAGCAAUGAAAAUUCAGCAUGCCUUUCGGAACCAUGAAACACGGAAAAAGAUACUGGCAGCUGCCAGAAUUCAACACAGGUUCCACACUUGGAAGAUACGAAAAGAUUUUCUUAAUCUGCGUCGCCAAACCGUCAGAAUACAAGCUAUCUUUAGGGGUUUCCAAGUCCGAAAACAGUACAGGAAAAUUAUAUUUGCUGUGGGAGUGCUUGAAAAGGUAAUCUUGCGUUGGCGUUUGAAAAGGAAAGGUUUCCGCGGUCUUCAGGUUUGUCCAGGUGAAGUUGCCAUAGAUGUGGAACAAAAUAACAAUGCGGAGGAGGACUUCUUUAAAGUCAGCAGAAAGCAGGCUGAAGAGCGUGUUGAGCGAUCUGUUGUAAGGGUUCAAGCCAUGUUUCGCUCAAAGCGAGCUCAAGAAGACUAUCAGAAGAUGAAACUAGCACAUCAUAAAGCUUCUCUGGAAUAUGAAGGUCUAGUGAAUCCUGACACAGACAUGGGAUAGUAAAGAACUUUACGGGGAAUGAUCUUAAACUGCAACACACACAUUUUACUACCUUUGUUUUGUAAACAGUGUGUACAUCUUGUCAAUAUGAUGUUUAACAGUAGGUAGUUUUGGCUCCUGUUUUCUGGAAACAUGAGAGCUUCAAGAUUUUAUUUUAACUCACUGCACUGGGAUUGGUUCUUUUGUACCCAAAUCAUAUAAUGUACUUGUUAACUGUCCCGUAGCUUUAGUUUAGUUGUAAUACCACGCAGGAUGUGGAUGUAGUAAUAAUGAUAAAACUGUCAAACUUUUGCCCUUGGCCUCUAUUCUGUAUGUAAUAAACUUGUGGCUGAUCACUUGUAGAUU